ACAGACUCAUAGUGCAGGCGAUGGAAGCGAAGGAGGGUGUUCCGACGAAGUUCAAUAGUGGCAUAGAUGUGGCUAGGCAUAUCAUCAAACGCGACGGUCCGAAGGGAUUGUACCGAGGGUUCUGGUCUAGUCUCUCCAUGUAUGCACCUAGUUCUGGUAUUUGGUGGGCCACCUACGGCUUCGUGCAGGACAAGUUGAACAACCGCGUGCUCACAUGCGAAGAGGAUCGCCAGACGUACCGUGUGCCAGUCCAGGCUUUCUGUGGGAUGUCUGCCGGCAUGACCGCCGCGACACUGACAAACCCCUUAGACGUCAUCAAGACACGCAUACAGACCAGCAGCAAGAAGCUCACUGUUGCAACCGCUGUGAGGCAACUCAUCAGCACGGAAGGAGUGAUGGGGUUCUCAAAUGGCAUGACGGCCAAAGUCAUGAACUCCGCACCGGUGUCUGUGCUGAUGAUUUCUGUGUACGACCUAGUCAAGCGAUUGAGUGUGAAGGCUGUGCCACACUUUCACGUAGAAGGGGAGCCCCACAAGAUCGUGAUGCUGACCAAGAAGGAGGACGGGUGGACCGCCGGUGACGGCCGGAAGAUAAAGGAGAAGGAGGAUAAGAAGUGAACCAGUGAGCGGGUAUAAUUUAGUUGUGAGCAAUAUGCGACAGGUAAUAUGCGACAAGAACCGUCAAUUGGUGCACGGAUAUGAGACGGCAUGAGCAUUUCAGAGCUGGUAUAUGGCGUCGGGCAGCUCGUUGACAAAUAUUGUCGACAAGUUAGUGACAUAUGCGACACAGGAACUUGAUUGCAUUCGCAAGGAGCGGUUACAAAAUGAUAGUUUCACGCCAAAGUUAACGUAUAGGGCGGAACAGUUAUGUGUAACCGGAUGCGAUGAAUGAUGCGAAACGCAAAUAAUCAUGUGCAAUUUCAGCACGGUACCUACGUUUGCGUCGCGCUGUGCGAUGCAUCAAGCGAAUCUCAGUGAAUGAGUGGGGGGUGAAUAUACAUAUUUAUAUAUAUUUAUAUAUAUAUAUAUAUAUAUAUAUGUCCACCUAUGGUGUGUAUCUUGCCGUCCUGCGUCAUUGUAGCUGAAUACGGUUUUCAAGACAAAUCAAACUGGGGUGCAGAAGGGAAAGGGCAAGGAUGUUCAUAUCUUCUCCACGAGUACCACUCGAAUGCACGUGCUACCGUGAGCUGGUCGACGGAGAUCGAUUAAAAGUUAAGCCAGAGGCGUGGUGUAGUUGAAGAGUAGAGAAUUGCGAGGAGAGAGACCGGUUAAGAUUAUGUUGAUAUUUUGACUGGCCCGGAUGUUAGAGUGCACCGAUGAAUAGAUGCACGCGUCACAAUGCAGAAAUGAGCUUAUGGCGGCGUAGAGAUGGCUUCGUGUUGCAUAUCACCUGCGUGCUGUCCUACUGCCAAGAAGUCGCACACCGGUUGUGCUAGAGCAAGGGCGUCACCCAGUAUUGAGUAGUCGAUAUUCACCAACACCUGCGCCUAUGGGUACGCAAGAAGUUCACUCAAUCAGCCAGGGAAAUCAUUUCAAAUCCCGACUGGUUAUUUUUAGAAUUAAGUUUUGCAACAGUCUAGGAAUGCGAGUUAGUUAGCCAAACUCAAUUUCCCAGCUUUGGAUGUAUGGAUACUAUGAGAGAAUCAGAAUUGACUACAGAUUUAGUACAUGUCAAGCCUAGCAGAUGAAACAAUAUAUAUAAAACUCGACCAUACUAGUAGUAACUAGAUGUAUGAAUGCUAUUGUCGUCUAAACGUGAAUAUAAAGGAAGACGAGUACAUUCAGAUAGAUGCAAGAUUUGAAAUCCUGUACAGAAACUACGGAAGAAAUUUAUCACACAUGCACGCAAUAUAC